GUAGAAGAAGAACCCAAAAAGCUCAGUAAAACCCUUUGACGACGAUGCUGCGAUUAUGCUCCAAGCUCCGCUCUUUACCCUUGCAAUCUCUCUCCUCUUCUUCUUCGUUUCUUCGAUCUUCUCCUCGGCUCCACCGCCCUCUCCAUUUCGCUUCAAGUAGCGCCAGUUCAUGGAGCUCCGUCUUCAAUUCACCGACCCAACCGUCACUGCUCGCCGCCACUCUUCGCUCUCAACCAUUUCCCAUCUCAAUGGUUCAAGUGCGGCAUGUUUCGUCAAGAGAGCGUAAGAAGAGGAGAAAGCCAAUGACACCGGUUACUUCCAAAGUAAAGAAAGUCAAAAUCAAGGGUUACUCGUCUUACAAGUCCCGGUUUAGGUUAUUGAAUGAUGGCACUAUUCGACGCUGGAGGGAGGGCAAGCGGCACAAUGCACAUUUGAAGUCGAAGAUAUCCAAACGUAGACUUAGACUACCUGCCCUUGUCCAUCCUGCUUACGCCACAGUGAUGAAGAAGCUUGGUUUUUGCGCUUGAAGCUUUGGAAUUUCAUUUAGAUGCAGCCAGUUCUGGAGUGAAGUGGGAAACCCAUAGGCCUUGGAAAUUUUCUCUUUUACAUUUCUUAGUUCCUUUCAGCUCUUAGAGCAGCACUAGAUUCAACUGUUGGUACACACAUUUGAGGCUGUGGCUGAUGAAAUAAUCGGCAAUUCUCUUCUUGAAUUUGUAAUUUAGGGAUGCAUAGUUCCUCAGCAAUUCAUUAGGAGAGUUUGUUUCUGUUAUUGAUAAUUGAUGAUGUUUUCUUUCUAUGGAUUACUCUCAGAUCAAAACAUUAUACUAAGACAAGAACAGGCAAAAGGAAUCGUCUUUUUAACAUUUACUCUGUAGUAGGAUAUGGUAAGAUUUUAUAAAACCACAGAAGUAGUCAACAUGCAAUAUGUGGAAUAAAGUGUACAUGGACUGUUGGUCAGUUGACCUGAAUCAACAGA